AUGCUCGAGGAACCAAUUUCACCUUUAACUUUUCUUUCAAUUUCUGCCAUAAUUACUACAAUCUCUCUUUUCUUUUGUGGAAUCCCAAUAUGUAUACAAAUUUAUCGUCGGAAUAGUGCUAAAGAUAUCAGUGGAUUUCCCUUUUUAAUGGGAUUUCUUGGAGGUUCAUUUUGGCUUCGUUACGGCUUUUUAAAAUCAGACCUUACAAUGAUUACAGUAAAUGUUGUUGGUGUUACUUUAAUGAUUUUCUAUUUGAUGUUUUAUUUUUAUUAUUCCCAGCCAAAAACAAAUUUUGUUAUUCAAAUGGCGAUAUUUUCAAUAAUUGUAAUAAUGCUUGGAUUAGUUGAUGUUUACAAAUUAGAAUCGUUACAGCCUCUCGGCUUUGUUUCUAUGACUUUUAAUAUUUUAAAUUUUGGUGCUCCUUUGGCUGGAUUGAAUGUUGUUUUGAGGAAUCGUAGUUGUUCAACACUUCCAUUGCCCCUCUGUAUUGCUAAUUUACUUGUUUCUUCCCAAUGGUGUUUAUAUGGAAUUUAUGUUAGGGAUAUUUAUGUUAUUAUCCCAAAUAGCGCGGGAAUUUUACUUGCUUGUGUUCAAAUUUCUCUUUUUCUUGUUUUACCGCCAAAUGAAAGGUCUCAUGCUCCACUUGCAAAAUGCUGUCCUUGUGUACUUGAUUUGGAGAAAGGGGAAAUACUUGAAAGUGAAAACAGUAGCAGACAACGCCGAAGGAAAGGACAUCAAAAAAAAACAAAAAGAAUACAUUCAAAACUACCUUGUAAAAAAUUAUUGGAACGACAUUAUAUUAUUGACAAUCGAGUUAUUCCGGCUUCUCGUGCUGCUUGUAUUGAAUAUUUCCGUGGAGGUUAUGGCCGUCCAUUCGAUGCCAGUUUUGGGUCUGUUAAUAGCCGUUCGACAGCAGAUUCUUGGCUAACUAAUUCAUUAUCUCGUGUUUCUUCAAUUUCCCAUCCUGAUUUAUUCAAUUCUGAAAUUUACAAAGAUGCACAUAAUAAUGGGGCUAGGAACAGAAUUGUUGUUGAAGUUUUGACUAAUGAUGAAAUGCAACAACAACAGCAACACCAUAAACGUCAUCAUUGUCAUUCAAAUUGUGGCGGUUCUUUACUUCAUUCCCGUACAUCAAUGUAUAUUUCAGAACAACCGAGUACUUCACAAAUUUAUUCAAAUAAUCAACAACAAGAUGAGGGUUUUGCAAGUAGUUCUGCUGCUCUUUCAAUUUCUUCUCGGCCAACAAUUUGUUUUGAUACAGCAGAAUAUUCGGGAGAAAAUGGAUUGAGGAUGUUAAAUGGAGAUAAACAACUUUUAACAGAAUCAGAUCCCGGAGGGGGAAAUUAUUUGCUUUGCAGGACUUUAAGUGCUCCCAAUUUGCAACAAAUUAUGGAAAGAACGUUUAGAAGUUGA